UUCAACGUCCAACUUGCAACCGUUUCACACAAUUUACGACCAUGACGCCGAUCGGCUGUUUGCUGAUAAUCUUCGCGAUUGAUCGAUGUUUGGCGCUGUAUAAAAAUACGUUUGAAGCUACUUUAGGGUGUCUACAGUUCAAUGCUAACGUUGGAUACUAUGAAGCGCAUCCGUACUUCUCAACGGCCGCCUUCAAAAACAUUGUCAUCACACCGGAAAAUGUUACAGUGCUUCGCGUUGGGAUGCUUGGACGCCAGGAUGGUCACAUCCGGUUGGCUCCGGUGCAGUAUCCGUAUGACAACACGAAAAUGCAUGAGUUUGUUAUAUCCGGUUGGGAUAAUACGCGGACCGAAAUUCGCUGUUAUAUGCGGAAGGAUCCUAAAAUACGGGUUGAAAAUCAGAUCCUUGCAGCGUUUUCCAGUCAUGGACUCUUGUCGGAGUUUAGUCCUCUUAUGAUUCAGAUGCAUUUCUACCCGGGAGGUGAGGUAAAAAUUUUCAAGGAUGCUGAUUCCGUACCGAUGGUAACUUUCAAGGAUCCCAAGCUAUCGUUUGCCUACAUGGGAUUCAACAGCUGGGUUGUGCCGGUCAUUUAUUUCUACGAUUGUCCAUUGGAGGUAGAUCGCCGAGAUUGUACCGGUAUUGUGUUCAGUUGAAUGGCGUUUUUAUCCAAAAAUGUCAAAAAGGUAAGCUCCAUAAAAGUCUCUUUUGCUAAAUGCCUAAUAAAUUUUCAGCAAUCAUCUAUUU